AUGUGGGCCCCAGAGCAGCUGAAGAUGGGCCUCGACGAGAAGAAGAUGGUGGUGCAUUCAGCUUGCUGCUGUUGGUACAGUGGCUGUUUGCUUGAACUCAACAACAACAUUGGCUGCGCAUCACAGGAGAGCUUGCUGUGUUUGGAGUGUGACGUUUGCUUGAGAACCGGCACGCCACUCUUGUGCUGCGGGUGCUGUGCUCUACGUCUGGUGGAUUGCCCCGCGUGCUGCGUGGGACAGUAUCAGUUCUUGUGCUGCGUGGGAGGAUGUGCUCUGCCUAAACAUGACGACGUCCCCUUCAUGCUCAACGCGUGCUUUAUCAGCAUGUUCCCCAAGGUUGGUUUCUGCAUGAGUGUGAAACUUUCGGAGGUCUGGAGAUGA